AUGUCUCGGCGGACGCGCGGUGAGGAGUUGGAUGAGCUACACUACCAGGAUACAGAUUCAGACGUGCCGGAGCAGAGGGACAGCAAGUGUAAGGUCAAAUGGACCCACGAGGAGGACGAGCAGCUGAGGACCCUGGUGAGGCAGUUUGGACAGCAAGACUGGAAGUUCCUGGCCAGCCACUUCCCUAACCGCACUGACCAGCAAUGCCAGUACCGGUGGCUGAGGGUCUUGAAUCCAGAUCUCGUCAAGGGGCCGUGGACCAAAGAGGAAGAUGAGAAGGUCAUCGAGCUGGUUAAGAAGUACGGCACGAAGCAGUGGACGCUGAUUGCCAAGCACCUGAAGGGCCGGCUGGGGAAGCAGUGCCGGGAGCGCUGGCACAACCACCUCAACCCUGAGGUGAAGAAGUCCUGCUGGACCGAGGAGGAGGACCGCAUCAUCUGCGAGGCCCACAAGGUGCUGGGCAACCGCUGGGCCGAGAUCGCCAAGAUGCUGCCCGGGAGGACAGACAAUGCUGUGAAGAAUCACUGGAAUUCCACCAUCAAAAGGAAGGUGGACACAGGAGGCUUCCUGAGCGAGUCCAAAGACUGCAAGCCCCCCGUGUACUUGCUGCUGGAGCUUGAGGGCAAGGACGCGCCCCAGAGUGCCCAGCCUGCGGAAGGCCAGGGAAGCCUCGUGCCCGACUGGCCGCCGGCACUCCCUGCCGUGAAGGAGGAGGAGAGCAGUGAGGAGGAGGCCACGGCAGCAACCCCCGCGAAGGAGCCGGAGGCCGUUCCCGCAGAGCUGGACGCCGUGCGGACACCGGAGCCCUUGGACGACAUCCCCAAGCAUGAAGACCAGGAGGGCUCCUCGCCAGAGACCAGCCUGCCCUAUAAGUGGGUGGUGGAGGCCGCAAACCUCCUGAUUCCAGCCGUGGGGUCCAGCUUCUCGGAGGCCCUGGACUUGAUCGAGUCGGACCCCGAUGGCUGGUGCGACCUGAGCAAGUUUGACCUUCCCGAGGAGCCGUCUGCGGAGGGCAGUGCCAGCAGCAGCCCAGUGCAGCCACAGCCCCCGCCGCAGCGGCAGGCCCCGCCGCCCCGCCCAUCCGCAGCCCCCGGGCCCAGCGUGACCGAGUACCGCCUGGACGGCCACACCAUCUCAGACUUGAGCCGGGGCAGCCGGGGCGAGCUGAUCCCCAUUUCCCCCAGCACUGAAGUGGGGGGCUUGGGCAUCGGCACCCCGCCCUCUGUGCUCAAGCGGCAGAAGAAGAGGCGUGUCGCCCUGUCCCCCGUCACCGAGAACAGCGCCAAUCUGUCCUUCCUGGACUCCUGCAACAGCCUCACCCCCAAGAGCACACCCGUCAAGACCUUGCCCUUCUCACCCUCCCAGUUUUUGAACUUCUGGAACAAACAGGACACACUGGAGCUGGAGGGCCCCUCGCUGACAUCCACCCCGGUGUGCAGCCAGAAGGUGGUGGUCACCACGCCCCUGCACCGGGAUAAGACGCCCCUGCACCAGAAACACACUGUGUUUGUAACCCCAGAUCAGAAGUACUCUAUGGACAACACUCCCCACACGCCGACUCCGUUCAAGAACGCCCUGGAGAAGUACGGACCCCUGAAGCCCCUGCCUCAGACCCCGCACCUGGAGGAGGACUUGAAAGAGGUGCUGCGCUCCGAGGCCGGCAUCGAGCUCAUCAGCGAGGACGACGUGAGGCCCGAGAAGCAGAAGAGGAAGGCUGGGCUGCGGCGGAGCCCCAUCAAGAAAGUCCGCAAGUCCCUGGCUCUUGACAUCGUGGAUGAGGAUGGGAAGCUGAUGUCCACAGUGCCCAAGGCUCUGUCCUUGCCAACACACGUCCCAUCGAGCUCUUCCGGCCUCACCCUGCCAGGCAUCAAAGGGGACAACAGUUUACUCAACGAGGGCUUCCUGCAGGCCAAGCCCGAGAAGCCAGUGACAUCCCAGAAGCCCCGAAGCCACUUUCCAGUACCUGCCCCUAUGACCAGCGCCUGGAAGACAGUGGCCUGCGGGGGCACCAAGGACCAGCUCUUCAUGCAGGAAAAAGCCCGGCAGCUCCUGGGCCGCUUGAAGCCCAGCCACACGUCUCGGACCCUCAUCUUGUCCUGA